UAAUUAGAAUACAACGCAGCAACCAACCACUGAUCGGCUGAUAGGCUUAUAGCUACACAUAGUCGUCGGAGUUGGAGUGUGCCACUCAAUCACGCAUCUGGAGAUCGAUCCCCCGAAAUUCCUCACUUUUUCGCUUUUUCUAGUCCCCGAAUUAGAGCUCUCGAAUACUAGUUCUGGUGGAUCUGUGGAAGAACGCUCUGUGUGAUUGUUAGGGUUUCGGGAGUUUGGUUGCGGGGUCGGGGGGAUUUGGGCGUUGCUGAUCUGUGAUUUUUGGGGCUUUUGUGAAGUGAGCGUAAAUGCAGACUAGGUAUAUGGAAAGGACUAGCUCCAUGACUAGAGGGAAGCGGAGUUUGGAUAGUGGCGAAGAUGAGCAGCCCGAGCGGAAGCGGCCUGCUUUAGCUAGUGUAAUUGUGGAAGCUCUGAAGGUGGAUAGUCUGCAGAAGCUUUGCUCAUCCUUGGAACCUAUCCUUCGAAGAGUUGUUAGUGAAGAAGUGGAACGUGCUUUGGCAAAGUUAGGCCCUGCUAGACUCAAUGGACGGUCUUCUCCCAAAAGAAUUGAGGGGCCAGAUGGACGAAAUCUGCAGCUGCAUUUUCGUUCUAGAUUGUCUCUUCCCCUGUUCACAGGUGGAAAAGUAGAAGGGGAACAGGGUGCUGCAAUCCAUAUUGUUUUAGUUGAUGCCAAUAGUGGUCAUGUUGUAACAUCUGGACCUGAAUCAUCUGUGAAGCUCGAUAUUGUUGUUCUUGAAGGUGACUUCAACAAUGAAGAUGAUGAGGGUUGGACCCAAGAAGAAUUUGAAAGCCAUGUUGUGAAAGAGCGUGAAGGGAAGAGACCACUUCUGACGGGGGACCUGCAAGUGACCCUAAAAGAAGGUGUAGGAACACUAGGGGAGCUUUCCUUUACAGAUAACUCAAGUUGGAUAAGGAGCAGGAAGUUCAGGCUUGGCUUGAAGGUUGCCUCUGGCUUUUGUGAGGGCAUACGCGUACGUGAGGCAAAGACAGAAGCUUUCACUGUUAAAGAUCACAGAGGGGAAUUAUACAAGAAACACUACCCGCCGGCAUUGAAUGAUGACGUCUGGAGAUUAGAGAAGAUUGGUAAGGAUGGUUCUUUCCACAAGCGGCUAAAUAAAGCUGGCAUAUUCACAGUUGAAGACUUUCUUCGGCUUGUAGUACGGGACUCUCAGAAACUACGGAAUAUCCUUGGCAGUGGUAUGUCAAAUAAGAUGUGGGAUGCUCUCAUAGAGCAUGCAAAGACUUGUGCGUUGAGUGGGAAACUUUAUGUGUAUUAUACUGAUGAUACAAGAAACAUCGGUGUUGUUUUCAACAAUAUUUAUGAGCUAAGUGGCCUCAUUUCUGGUGAACAAUAUUUCUCAGCUGAUUCUCUUUCUGAUAGCCAGAAGGUAUAUGUGGAUUCUUUGGUGAAGAAAGCAUAUGACAACUGGAACCACGUUGUAGAGUAUGAUGGCAAGUCACUUUUGAGCUUCAAACAAACUAAGAGGUCAAGUGCAUCUCGGAAUGAACUACCGUUGGGGCCAGUGGAAUACCCUAAUACUCUGGAUAAUCAGAUCCCGCAACUACGUUUACCCGGUUCUAUUCCUUCAGAGCAGUCUUCAGCAGAUUCAAGUCUGCUAAUUGGGGCUUCAGGUUAUAACGAGAAUCUAGCUGCUAGAUACCCAACUGAGAUGCAGUUUGUCAAUUCUAAUUCCCGUCCACAGUUUGACAAUAAUAUGUUUGCUCCACAUGACCAGCAAAUCAGCACUCCCCAGCAAAUCCAAAGUACCAGAUAUGAUAACAGGGUAGGGUUGGCACUUGGUCCGCCCCAAUCAUCACCGUCAUUCCAGAGCAUGAGCUCUUCUGUUCAACCAUCCAGUCUUAACCCCUUUGAUGACUGGUCAAAUAAUCGAGAUAAGGGUGUUGAUGACUUCUUAUCAGAGGAAGAGAUUCGUGCUAGAAGUCAUGAGAUGCUUGAGAAUGAAGAUAUGCAGCAUUUACUCAGACUUUUCAGCAUGGGAGGUCAUGCUUCGGUUGGAGGGACUGAAGAUGGGUACAAUUUCCAACCAUACAUGACCCCACCCUCACCAAACUUUAGCUUCGAUGAGGACCGCAGCCGCUCUGGUAAGGCUGUUGUAGGUUGGCUCAAAAUCAAGGCGGCAAUGAGGUGGGGCUUCUUUAUCAGGAAAAAAGCAGCUGAGAGACGGGCACAGAUUGUUGAGUUAGAUGAUGAAUUCGAGUAGCUGUCAAGGUGCCAUUUGGUUUAUGAUGCUGAAUACUUAUCUGCAUUUCAUUACCAACCUGACAAUUGAUGAAACUGUUAAUCCAUGAAAGCAAAAGCUGUAGGUUUCGGGAUUGCAUGGAAAUUACAAUUUCCAGAAGUCUCGAAGAUCUCUGGUGUCUUCAGCAGACAUCAGGGAUUUUCUUCAUGUACAGUUGUCUGUACAGUACUCUCAGCUUAACCCUCUUAUCUAGACUCCAGUAGGGUGGCUUCUCAAUUAUCUCAGUACAUCUGGCUUGUGAAUGACGAUGGAUUUAGGGAACCUAAAUGUUGUAUUGUUGUUGAAACUUGAAUUAAUGACUCCUUUUCAAUGUUCAAGACUGUUAUAUAGGGAACACUUUUAUGUAAUUUGGGGAUGUGUUUACUGUAAGAAGAUCUUCAAAUUUGAUUAUUCUGCAAGAACAAUGGCUAGUGUUGUUAUUAUAGUUA